AAAUGGAGGCGCCGGGUGCCCCGCCCAGGACCCUGACGUGGGAAGCCAUGGAGCAGAUCCGGCUCUCCCCCCGCCGCCCAUCUCUACGCGUCUCGCCUCCCGCAGCUGGGAAGCCAGAACGCUCCUAGCUCGCAGCUAAAUGUGUGGAGCGGAUUUGAUCGACAGCCAAGAUUCCCAGUGAUCAGUGCCCUCCGGACUCCGAGUUGCUUUCGCUCAUUUUACGAAGUUCUGAAAAUCGAGCAAGUGCCCAAUUCUCCCUUGAGUGAGCUAGGAGAAUUCGGUGUUCGCUUAAAAUUAGUUUAAGGUAUAAUUCUUUCAUCCAAAGAACACCGCCUGUGGCCAGCAACGAGACUGGAACGUUGACGCGUUGCCUCCCGGUUUCAAACGUCCCUUCCGGGACGCCGUCCCCUUCCCGGUAUGCUGAGCGCUGGGCGAGUGAACGGGCCUUCCGGGAGGUCUAGGAAGUCGCUUCUCUGUCUGGCAGGGGGCGGGGUUUUCCCUCAGGCUGCGCAGUCUGCGGGUGUAGACCAGAAUCCUGCUGACCGGCAGAGUGGCACAGGGAGGGGCGGGUCUGGACACGGUGGCUGCAGGCCUGAGGCGAGGGCCGCUCAAGGCUGCGGCUCUCUGGCCGGGAGGUGGCCCUUCAUUCCUCGAGUGUAGCUGAGGACCGAGGGCCUCUUCGGGGGCUCUUUGGAAGUCAGUGCCCAGGCCUGCAGGAGAGCCACCCUGCGCUGACCCAGCGCUGCUGCCGGCCUUCUCAGAGCAAGGAGCGUCCCCCUUCUUCCACCCCGCGGCUCAGGGGACCGCUGCCAUGGCUUUUCCCCAUCGGCCGGACGCCCCGGAGCUGCCUGACUUCUCCAUGCUCAAGAGGCUGGCCCGAGACCAGCUCAUCUAUCUGCUAGAGCAGCUUCCAGGAAAAAAGGACUUGUUCAUUGAGGCGGAUCUCAUGAGCCCUUUGGAUCGAAUUGCCAAUGUCUCCAUCCUAAAGCAACACGAAGUAGACAAGCUGUACAAGGUGGAGAACAAGCCAGCCCUCAGCUCCAGUGAACAAUUGUGCUUCUUGGUCAGACCACGCAUCAAGAAUAUGCGAUACAUUGCCAAUCUUGUCAAUGCUGACAAAUUGGCUGGCCGAACUCGAAAAUACAAAGUGAUCUUCAGCCCUCAGAAGUUUUAUGCAUGUGAGAUGGUGCUUGAGGAAGAAGGAAUUUAUGGAGAUGUGAGCUGUGACGAAUGGGCCUUCUCUUUGCUGCCUCUUGAUGUAGAUCUGUUGAGCAUGGAACUACCAGAAUUUUUCAGGGACUACUUCCUGGAAGGAGAUCAGCGUUGGAUUAACACUGUGGCACAGGCCUUGCACCUUCUCAGCACACUCUAUGGACCCUUUCCUAACUGCUAUGGAAUUGGCAGAUGUGCCAAGAUGUCACAUGAAUUGUGGAGGAAACUGGAGGAGGAGGAGGAUGGUGAAACCAAGGGCCGAAGGCCAGAAAUUGGACAUGUCUUUCUCUUGGACAGAGACAUGGACUUCGUGACGGCACUUUGCUCCCAGGUGGUUUAUGAGGGUCUGGUGGAUGACACCUUCCGCAUCAAGUGUGGGAGUGUCGACUUUGGCCCAGAAGUCACAUCCUCUGACAAGAGCCUGAAGGUGUUACUCAAUGCUGAGGACAAGGUGUUUAAUGAGAUUCGUAAUGAGCACUUCUCCAAUGUCUUUGGCUUUUUGAGCCAGAAGGCCCGGAACUUGCAGGCCCAGUAUGAUCGCCGGAGGGGCAUGGACAUCAAGCAGAUGAAGAACUUUGUGUCCCAGGAGCUCAAGGGACUGAAACAGGAGCACCGCCUGUUGAGUCUCCAUAUUGGGGCCUGUGAAUCCAUCAUGAAGAAGAAAACCAAGCAGGACUUCCAGGAGCUCAUCAAGACUGAGCAUGCGCUGCUGGAGGGCUUCAGCAUCCGGGAGAGCACCAGCUACAUUGAAGAACACAUAGACCGGCAGGUGUCACCGAUAGAAAGCCUUCGCCUCAUGUGCCUUUUGUCCAUCACUGAGAAUGGAUUGAUCCCCAAGGAUUACCGAUCCCUGAAAACACAGUAUCUGCAGAGCUAUGGCCCUGAGCACCUGCUGACCUUCUCCAAUCUGCGGCGAGCUGGGCUCCUAACGGAGCAAGCCCCGGGGGACACCCUCACAGCUGUAGAGAGCAAAGUGAGCAAGCUGGUGACAGACAAGGCUGCAGGAAAGAUUACCGAUGCCUUCAGUUCUCUGGCCAAGAGGAGCAAUUUUCGUGCCAUCAGCAAGAAGCUGAAUUUGAUCCCACGUGUGGAUGGCGAGUAUGAUCUGAAAGUGCCACGGGACAUGGCGUAUGUCUUCAGCGGUGCUUAUGUGCCCCUUAGCUGCCGAAUCAUUGAGCAGGUGCUGGAGCGCCGAAGCUGGCAGGGUCUGGACGAAGUGGUGCGGCUGCUCAACUGCAGUGAGCUGGCAUUCACAGACAUGACCAAGGAAGACAAGGCUUCCAGCGAGUCCCUGCGCCUCAUCUUGGUGGUGUUCUUGGGUGGUUGCACAUUCUCUGAGAUCUCAGCCCUCCGGUUCCUGGGUAGAGAGAAAGGGUACAGGUUCAUUUUUCUGACGACAGCAGUCACCAACAGUGCUCGCCUUAUGGAGGCCAUGAGUGAGGUGAAAGCCUGAAUCUUCCCUGGACACGUUCCCCAGUGGGAUGCAGGAGUUUGGCUCCCAGCUGCUAACAACAUGUCCACCAACUACCCAACUAAGAGCUGGGGAGCAUGGAAAUUAUUUGGGAUUUAGAGAACAUGUCUGAGGAGAGAUUUCACUUCCUGCCCCCAGGUAUUUCUCUUGUUUAUGAAGUACAGCCCAUGCUGAUAAGAUAUGAGCAGGAAGAGGUAUCUUUUGCUAAAUCCUGUUUGAGUAUCAUUGUAAAUAAAGCCUCUCCUCUCAAAUGUAAUAUGUUUAGUUCUGGACAUGCACUUCCACCUUGAUGAGUGAAGCACAGGGGCUUUCCUGUGCUCCGUGGCCUGGACUCUGUCUUAGCUCUGGGCCUGGUCUGGUUCUUCCUUGAAGGUUGCCCUGUACCAGAGUUUCCUCAACCAUAAAAUGAGGGGGAUGGAUUAGACAGAUGAUCAGCAAGCACCCUCCCAAUUAUAAAAUUCUGUGAUUCAUUACACUUUAGAAAAAAUGAGUUUAUUAUUGUUUUAACUUAAGGAGGCACUUCAAUUUUAAGUGUUUGUUUCUUAUUGGAGAAUGAAAGACUGUGUCCCGUUAGAGCAAUUUCAGGCAUCAGCAAACGGUGCUCCUAUAAAGGUCACCAGUGCCCUCCUAACUGCUGAUUCUAGUGGCCUUUCUCUCCCCCUUUACCUUUUAAAAAUUGUGAACUAUAACCACAUCUAUUAGUGGUCUCAUUUUAGACCUCUUCUAACUUGAUCUCACUGAUAACCACCCUUUUCCUUGAAAUUCUCGUAUUCAGCUUCCAGGACACUCUUUUUUUGUCCUCCUGCAGUCUCCUAGGUUGUACUUCUAUCUCUUUUGAUUACUCCUCUCUGCCUAUCCACAUUUGUUGACAUCUCCCCUCUCUCUGUCCUUGUCAUCCACUUUCAGAUCCCAGGCUUUUGUCUCACUGCUUAGCUUUACACUAGCAUUUCCAACCUGUUUGUCCCACAGGCACUUCAAACUCAACAUGUCUAAAUAAACUCUCAACCCGAACCUCCUGUUCCCAGUUUGAAUCCCUAAGCCUGCUCCUCUUCCUGUAUUUCCUUACUUGACAUUCUCAUCAUCUACCCAAGUUUUGUUUGUGCAAGAAAUUAUAUCCUUGAUCUCAGAUUUUUUUCUCUUUAUCCCCUACGUUCAGCUGGUCCCCCUACCCAUU